UUAAAACAACUGGAAUCCAAAAAUAAACAUCUGCUUUGUUUUAGGAGAAUCUUUCCAUUGGCAUGAUUGCGUGCUUGUAACAAAAUGGAGUCUCCGGGUGCACUUUUUCAGGAUGACCCUGACAUCAAGGUGAUGAUGGUCGGGUCCACUUUGAGAAAAGUCAAGUCCCGCUUGUGGAAAAAGCAAAGGCAUUUCCGACUCCUGGAGGACGGGCUGAGUAUUUGGUACAAGUCCAGAUGGCUGGGAAAAGGCCACUCCACCUUUUCAGUGAUCGAGGUGGAGGCGGUGCGCGAGGGCCACCAAUCAGAGGUCUUGCAGAGCAUCACGGAUGAGUUCCCGGCCGACCUCUGUUUCACCUUGGUGUUUCAUGGUCGUCAAGGCAACCUAGACCUCGUGGCCGAGUCCCCAGAGGAGGCUCGGGCUUGGAUCCGGGGAUUGCGCAAGCUCAUUCACAGGGCUCAAACCAUGGACGAGAAGCAAAGACUGGACCAGUGGGUCCGAGACUGGUUUCUCAAGGCGGACAAAAACAAAGAUGGGAAAAUGAACUUCAAAGAAGUGCGGAAGCUGUUGAAGAUGAUGAACGUGGAGAUGAACGAGGAACAUGCUCUCUAUCUAUUCACGAUGGCGGACCGAUCGCAGAGCGGCUCACUGGAACUCGAGCAGUUUGUCCUCUUCUACAAGAUGCUGACCCAGAGAGAUGAGGUGUGGCGAGUGUUCCAGGACUACUCUGGAGACGGGGAGACGUUAAUGCUGGAAGAGCUGGAGAACUUCCUGAGCGUAGAGCAGCAGGAGGGAGAAGGCAGCGCUCGACAUGCCAGGGAGCUGAUGGACCACCAGGAACCAUCAGGAACAGCCAAGAAGCACGGUACCAUGUCCCUCGACGGCUUCCAGAUGUACCUGUGCUCCCCGGAGGGUUCCAUUUUCAAACCUGACCGUCUGGGUCUCUACCAGGAUAUGAGCCAGCCGCUCAGCCACUAUUUCAUUUCCUCCUCGCACAACACCUAUCUGAUGGAGGACCAGCUGCGAGGUCAGAGCAGCCUUGAGGCCUACAUCCAGGCUCUUAAGAGAGGCUGUCGCUGCGUAGAGGUGGACUGCUGGGAUGGCAGCGAUGGGGAGCCAGUGGUUUAUCAUGGCCACACUCUCACCUCCAAGAUCCUCUUCAAGGAUAUCAUCGCAACACUGAAAGAAUAUGCCUUCGUGACAUCCGACUUCCCGGUCAUCUUGUCCCUUGAGAAUCAUUGCAGCGUGGAGCAGCAGACGGUCAUGGCCGGGCAUCUGAGCAAGAUCUUGGGCAACACGCUGCUAAGGAACAUUUUGGACGGACCCACCAACCCUCAGUUUCUUCCCUCACCACAGGAGCUUAAAGGAAAGGUUUUGCUGAAAGCCAAGAAAAUUGGCGGCACGGAGGGGUCCCCGGACGGAACGCUGACAGACGACAAUAGCGACGAGGAGGAGAUGGCCAACGGCGAAGCGCCGCACGCCGAGAGUUCGAACCAACACGAGAAGUCCAAACUCUCGCGUGAGCUAUCCGAUCUGGUGGUUUACUGCAAGAGUGUCCACUUCCGCGGCUUUAAAGGCAGAACUUUACACGCCAAAUACAACGAGAUGUCCUCAUUUGCCGAGUCCAAGGCCAAGAGGCUCGCUAAGGAAGCAGGAACAGACUUUGUGCGGCAUAAUGUCAAGCAGCUAAGCAGGAUUUACCCGAGCGGCCUCAGGACCGACUCCUCAAACUACAACCCUCAGGAAUUGUGGAACGUGGGGUGCCAGAUAGUGGCCCUAAACUUCCAGACAGCGGGUCUGGAGAUGGAUCUCAACGACGGGUUGUUCGCACAGAACCGUCGCUGCGGUUACGUACUCAAGCCCGACUUCCUGAGAGACAACAACACAACGUUCAACCCGGAGAAACCCCAAGAGCAGCCGGGCUACAGACCCAUGCGCUUCUCCAUCCAGGUGAUAAGUGGGCAGCAGCUACCAAAGGUGAACCAGAAAGAGGGCUCCAUUGUAGACCCCUUGGUCCGAGUCGAGGUGUACGGAGUGCCGCAGGACCAGGCUAAGGAGGAGACCAGCCACAUCAACAACAAUGGCUUUAACCCGGUGUGGAAUCAGACAUUGAAUUUUGUCAUCCACACUCCCGAUCUGGCCUUGAUUCGCUUUGUGGUGGAAGAUUACGACAAGACCUCCAAAAACGACUUUAUCGGACAGUACACGCUGCCGUUUACGUGCAUCCAACCGGGAUACCGUCACAUUCAUCUGCUUUCAAAAGACGGAACGGCCAUCCCUCCCGCAUCACUGUUUGUUCAUAUCACCAUCUCGAAAUUCACAUGAAUGGCUGAACCGCCCUGUUUCCGUUCAGUUCCCAGGACCGGCAAUAAUGGUCCUGGGUCAAUCCCCCGCAAAGGACUUGUUCAAUUGUCAGAAGUUAGAAAGAAAUCCCAACAACAUUGUUUAUACCUCAUGAUUAAUUCUAUGACUAAACAUUCCACACACACACCCACAAGUAUAUCAAGAAAGAGAGUGACUUUCUAACCUGUAAACUUGCAUGAGUUGGUUUGAAUUUUGGUCUAUGCAAACAUUCUAUGCAUCAAAAAUAAACGUCAGUAUGGUUUUAUGA